GGCCAUACUCCUACCCGAGCCCGGCCCGAAAUUAUUUUUCGGGCUUCGGGCCGGGCCGAGGCCCGAACAGUUUUACAGAAACUCAGCCCGAGCCCGGCCCGAGCCCGGCUCGAGCCCGGCCCGAGCCCGAUUGGGCCAGCCUGAUCACGAGCCCGGCCAGAGAUGUUCGCGUCCGGAGCAAGCUCCCGAAGCCACAAAUCUCUGUGCACCAACAUGAAGGCGUGGAUGCGAUCUGAUCAUUCCCAUGUAGGCCGGACUGCGCCCUCACCUCUCGGCAGAGGAGCCGAGCUCCAGCUCAUGCUCGGUGUCAUCGGCGCCGGCGCGCCUCUCGUCUUGUUCCCCAUCUAAACCCAUAAAUUCGCCCUCAGUCACCACCUCAAGGAGGAUCCGAUGGAAGCAUCAAUGGCAGAAUACAUAAUACAACAAUACAUCGCGACGUCAGGCGGCGAGCAAGCAUUAAACUCGGUGAGUAGUAUGUACACCAUGGGGAAGGUAAGGAUGACGGCGACGGAAUUCCGAGCAGGCAAUGGCAAUAACGCCAGCCAUGCCAACAAGAAGGCGAGCAAGGGUGGUGGUGGAGGGGAGAUGGGAGGGUUCGUGCUGUGGCAGAAGAAGCCGGACUUGUGGUGUCUUGAACUGGUGGUGGCCGGAUGCAAGAUCAGCGCUGGGAGUGACGGCAAGGUGGCAUGGAGGCAGACAGCAUGGCUUCGCCUCUGUGCCUCUGCAAAUCCCUCGGGCAAGUUGGCAACUGGGUUUAGCCGCGAUUCGGCAGACUGCAGACACAACUGAGUUUAGCCACGAUACGGGCUGGAAGUGGGCUCGGGCUUGGACGGGCCCGAGCUGGGCCAAUGAAAUACCCGAGCCCGGCCCGAAAUAGAAAUGGGCUUAAUCAUUCAGCCCGAGCCCGGCCCGAAAUGCAUUGAGCCUAGCCCAUAGCCCGGCCCACGGGCGGCCCGACCCGAUGGGCUUCGGGCCGGCCCGAGCCCACUUCCA